UAUGUUUGAAGAUGAAGAUUAUAUAAAUACUUAGCUUGACUUUGAACAAGCUGUGUAACGUGAAGAAUAGAAAAAUAAAAAUGAAGACUUGGCUGUAUGGGCUUUUGACCCCUUUGCCUGUCCAGAUGGACGAACAGAACCAAAAAAAAAAUUGUAAAUGCUAAGUUGUUGUUAUGAUCUAAAUUAUUUUAUGUAAUAAUAUUGUAAUUAUUCAAUUUAGAUACGAUUUACUUUUACCGUUAUUUCUCUAGUCCUCGUUAGAGUAAUAGUGUUCUGUGAUCUAGUCUCUACAAUAAUAAUUAAGAAUGUCAUUUUACAAGAUCAUUUUAACUGUUGGGUUUAUAUCUUUGUUUCACUCUGCGUUUUCUGCAGCCCAGCAUCGAUCAUAUUUAAGGAUAACCUCACAAGAGUUCACUACCUUACCUUUGGAUAUUGUAAUACAAGCUGUGGGCAGCUUAUUCUUGUUGAUGUGGGGAGUACUCAAUGUUGCAGGAAACCUCAGAGAAAUACAAGCUGCAGCAGAGUUGAAUAAUAAGACAUGGGAAACACAGAAGAACAUUCCUUCAUUUUACAUUUUUAACCAUAGGCUAAAAGCUAUGAGCCCCUACUAUGUACCAAAUGAAGGCAAGGGUGACUUGGAGAAUUUGGAAUAAUAAUAGUAAAGAAAUAAAUUGAUGUACCAUAGAUAAUAAUUAAAUUUAAUAUUAUUUAUUUAGAAUACUGGCAUGAGGCUAUCAGCUCAUUCCAAAAACAUAAUCACUCAAAAAUGUUUGACUGCAAUAUUUUAUUGAUUCUUGCAAUUUAUACAAGAAACAAACUUAGAUUUUUGAAAAAAAAAUAACAAAUUUGUUUAUUAUGUUUACCCACAUAGUGCACCUCAAAGUGUGAGAUGGAUUAAUACAAUAUAUAACAAUAA